UGUGAAGGUCUUGUUCAGUUUUGUUUGAAAAGCAGCCCAUUUCAGGUGGAAAACUUUCACGUAAGAAUUUCCCUACCAGAACAGUCUUUUUAAAGUGAAGCCACCACAUGGAGGAAUCUGGUCUCUAGAUCUCACUGGCAGGAUGUGGUAUUCUUAAUCUGAUUUCCAUGCAAGGCGAAGAAACAAUAAGAGAAGAGCCACCUCCGGAGCUCACAGCAGGGCUUUCUCUCCCACCAUCUCCUGUUCCCUCACACAGCACGAUCCAGCGCAGGUUCACCUGGGAGGCGGAGCGGAGAGGAUGGCCAUUCCGGUCCCUAAAGAAAACAGUUUGCCCUUGCCAGCCCUGAGCCGCCCUCUGCGGCUGGGGAUGCUGUAUGACUGGCGCAGCGACACCCUCAUCCCAGGAAUUACUCUUUGGGACUAUGAGACUUUACAGAAAGACGUGCGUGUGCAACCUCAGCCCAAGACAGAAUGCCAAAUACUUGCAUCCGACAACUAUGACAACUUGGCCUCUGCUCUUAGCCUCACUUUGCCGCUUAAGACAAGUUUAUUAGCAGGGAAGGUUGACUUGAACGGAUCUGCUAGAUACUUAAAGGACAGGAAGAAAUCCAAAAACCAAGUUCGCGUUGUCCUCCACUACUCCAUCACCACACACUUUAGGGAGCUGACCAUGAGCCAUUUAGGACCUCAGAACAUUGCCUACCCAGAAGUAUUUGAACAGGCUGAAGCCACCCAUGUGGUCACUGCUGUGCUCUACGGUGCUCAGGCCUUCUUUGUGUUUGACCGAGAGGUAGCUUCAUCGGAGAAUAAGGAAGAAAUAGAGAAAGAGUUGAGAGCCACUGUCCAAACAUUGUCUGAAGAGUCAAAGGGUGGAGAUGGAUGUGCCACUGUCCUAAGGAAAGAGAAAACUAACACAGAAAACUUCAGGUGCACAUUUUAUGGUGACAUUACUCUUGAGAACAACCCAAUUACUGAUUCUGAUGUUAUGAAGAUCUAUUCCAACUUCCCCAAACUCCUGGGCGAGAAUGGAGAGAAGGCGGUGCCGGUGAAGGUGUGGCUGUAUCCUCUGGCCAAGCUGGACCACAGGGCACCGCAGCUGGUCCGAGAGAUCAGCGUGGGCCUCAUUACCAGAGCUGAGGCUGCUGUGGAGCAACUGAAAGACUGUGAAAUGCAGUGCCAAGACCUGGUGGGGACGAGUGGAUCACGUUUCCCUGUGAUGAGCAAGAAAAUUAAGCAUUUCCAAAGUCUGUGCAAGCAACACAGAGAGAUAUUCCAAGAUCAACUGGCAGGAAUUCUGCCAGCCAUUAGAGGAGGCAGGCAAGAAGAAGCCGUCUUGAGAGACAUUUUGACCAGGGAAGAGCAGUCGCCAUUCAGUCCGGCAUAUCUCACCGAAUUUUUGCGGGGAAAGAGUGCAGAGAUGGAUUUUGUGAACUGGUGCUGUACUUCGGUAGACAAUGUAGACAUCAUCCCUUAUAAAAAUAAGCUCAAAGAAGUGUUGUUUUAUCAGAAGUUUAAAUUUCUUGUGUCUUUUACAUUCACAUCCUUAAAAAAAGAGGAGCCGUAUCUACAAGAUUUGGAAGAAUGGAUUAAAAAAACAUCUGAUCCAGAAUAUACCACUUCUGCUUAUGAGAAACCAAAAUCACAGCAGUGGUUUGAGGAUGAUAGGGUAUUUGAUAAGGCCCGGGAAUGUAUAAAGUCUUUCUCAGGCUUUGCCAAAUUCAAUAAGAAAAAUGGGAAGACUCAGUUCAUCAUCUCCUCAGCCCCAGAUGAGGACAAUCCUGGAGUGUCCAUUUACCUGUAUGAAGAUGGGAAACUGGUUAGCCGCAACUUUGAACCACCCUCCACACCUCUUCCUCUCCAGAUUGGUGAAAUCAGACAUGACGGUGUGCAGUUCUUGUUUGAGCCAACGUCUGACAAUAUAUUGGGCUAUUGGGUUGAGUACAGGAUCUUAGAGCAGGAGAACUGGACAGCUUUGGAUAUAAAGAAGAGUGAGGAGAUAUAUCUAAUGAGAGACCUACUCCCCAAUACUAACUACAAGUUCCGCCAUGCUGUCAGGAGCAAAGUAGGUUUCAGUCUCAGAAGCAGAGAGAGCGAAGUUGUGAAGACGCUUCCCACUGAUCCACCUGGGAAACCCCAAAUGCUUACUGUGAGCUCUUCUGACAUCCGUGUUACCUGGAAGAUUCCUGGUGUCAUUGGAGAGGGAGCUGUUAUAAAGGAGUACGCAGUGGAGUACAGAGAGGAGGCUGGAAAGGAAAGUCACGAGGGCAAAGACAAAUGGAAUGAGAAAAGGACAGGGAAGACGGCAACUGUCUGUCACUUUGACGGGCUGAAGCCUCAAACGCCCUACAGAUUCCGAGUCUCAGCAGUGUGUGCGGAUGGAGCUCUGAGUGCUCCCAGUGAGGAAGUGGCGGUUGCAACAUCAACAGAGGAAGAGGAAAGGGAAAACAGACCAGCGCAUCAAUACCUCCAGAAAAGCACCCUGGUAGAAAAUGGGCAGCCAGCGGUGUACGCUCUUCCUUUGCAAAAGGCCACAUCAGAUGCUUCAGCAUCCUGCCCAACAUACCAGCUAGGAGAAGAGAACGUGGAAAAGCCCACCAAAGUCAUCAUGGUGAUGGGUGCUUCAGGGUCUGGGAAAACCACCCUCAUUAACGGGAUGAUCAACUACAUCCUGGGUGUGCGAUGGCAAGACAAUUUCCGAUUCAAACUUGUUCAAGAAGUUACAAACCAAAGGCGAGAAGAAAGCCAAACAUCUGAAGUGACUGCUUACGUGGUGAAUUAUCAAGAGGGUUUCCAAGUCCCUUAUUCUCUCAUGAUCAUUGACACUCCGGGAUUUGGAGAAAGACCAGGCGUAGGGCAGGGCAAAUGGUUAAUAAUGCAGAUCAUCAAAUUUUUAUGCACUUCAGGAUGCACUGACCAUAUUGAUGUGGUCUGCUUUGUGACUCGGGCCUCCUUUGAUCAUGUGACUUGUGCCCAGAAAUACAUUUUUGAUUUUGUUUCCUACAUUUUUGGGAAAGAUAUAAAGGACAACAUCCAAGUCCUGGUCACAUUUGUGGAUAGGCAGACCCCCCCUGUCCUAGAGGCCAUUAAGGAAGCAGAUGUGCCAUGCGCGAAAGAUGCCAGAGGCAGCCCCGUGCACUUCAAGUUCAAUAAUUCAGCACUGUUUGCUAGCAAUCUUGCGGAGCAUGGAGGCACCCCAAAUUUUGAUGAAACAUUCUGGACACAGGGCACUAGUAGCAUGGAGCUCUUUUUUGACUCAUUAAACAACCUGGAAACAAAAAGCUUAGUUUUGACAAAGAAAGUCCUCAGAGAGUGGAAAGUGCUGGAAAUGGCUGUGGGAGGGCUGCAGCUCCAAAUCCAGGCUGGAUUGGUGAGGCUGGAAGCUCUGAGAAAGACCCAGGAAGCUCUGGGUCAGCACAGGAAGCAAAUGGCCGCCAACAAAGACUUUAAAUUUGUGAUAGAAAAAGUUGUGCCCAUGCAUCCCAACAGCUUUGGUUCUAGGGCAUCCAGAACCAGCUGCCAAGGAUGCCUCUUCACCUGCCACUAUCCCUGUCAGUGUCCUGAUGAGGAAGACAAGCGGACAUGUCAGGCUAUAGAUCAGCUGACCGGGAAAUGCAGGUUUUGCCCCGGGAGGUGUGCCUGGAAUGUGCACUUCUGCCAGAAGUAUUGGCUGGAAUACAAAACCGUCAAAGAGGAAAAGUUCUACAGCGAGCUGAACCAAAGCUAUCCACAUGCUUCUGCAGAGGCGAUGACAGAAGAGAAGAUGCUUCAACAUCUGAGCCAGGAAUAUGAUGAGGGGAAAGAAGCCUUACUGGGACUCAUCCAGAGAUCGUCUCAAGGCCUCCAGCGUCUGCAGGAAAUUGCCUUGAAGCCCAAGCCGCUCUCCACCCCAGAGUACAUCGACCUGCUCAUCGAGGCAGAAGAACAGGAGCAGAAGUCUGGGUACGUGGGAAGAAUCCAGUCCCUGAGAGAAGUGAGGGAAAUGUCUGAGCUCAGAGAGCAGACUGCCGGCGGUCAAGGUGCCCCCGCCUUCUGAGGGGAGAGCAGGGAACGCUGCUGGACAGGAGGGGGCAAUCCCUUUGCACCAGCUCUCUGGUCUCAGGAAGCUGCUUUCACCUGAGUCCUUCCCCAUUGGUCCAUGUCGCUCAGUGCUGUCGACACUGAACUGUAUCACAAAAUCCACAUAAGUGCGGAUUCUGAAGGAUGGCUGGCCUUUCGUUCUCAUUUAGUACAUUCGGCUUGAAAUGUGAACUGUCGAAAUUCGCACCCAUCCCUAGGAGGGAUACAUAUGCAAUAAUAAAUAAAAAUAAAACAAAAUACCCCUAGCUAGGCCAUGUAGGUGGCUUCCUGUUAGAAAACAGUCAAGCACACAUAUUUUGGGGAAGGGGGUGACCUGCAUGAGCAGCUAAGCGCAACGCUAGUGCAGGGUGGCAAAGCAGCGUACAGAGAGAUGCUGCUGCUCCUGCGUCAUGGCUGGGAAGGAACGGCAACGUCAGACUGGAGGACUUGCUCCUCGUCUUUGUGGGGGGCCACAGCAGAGGCCUGCAGGGCGAUGGGCACCUCUGCCGGCGGUCAAAUGCUUAAAACAUUUCUGUUUAGGCAAACCCAUCCAGAGAUAUGUUGACAUGUUUUAGUUUAGUGUUCAUUUUAAUUUUAAAUGUUUUUAAUUACUUCUUUUUAACUUGAUAAUUUUAAUAUUUCUUAUAAACCAAUGAGAGGUUUUAUUACAAUUAAGUUGUGGCAUAUGCAUUUUGUUAAAAUAAUAAAAGAAGGAGGUGUACUAGCCCCAAAGGACGAUGCUAACGUUCUCCCCUGUCAGGUACCCUGUCCCUAACACCUUUGGUUUUGAGUGUGUGUGCAUGGCAUUGGGUCAGGGAGACAGAGUUGGGACCCUGUUGGUGUACCGCCCACCCUGCUGCCCAACAGUCUCCCUCCCUGAGCUGGUGGAGCUGGUCUCGGCAUUGGUGUUGGAGUCCCCCAGGCUGAUUGUUUUGGGUGAUUUCAACAUACAUGCCGGGGCUAGACUCAUAGGUCCGACUCAGGACUUCAUGGUUGUCGACAACCAUGGGGCUGCCUCUAAUAUCUCUGAAUGCAUGUGGCAGGACACACACAUGAUCUUGUGUUUUGUUUGGGACAGGAAGAAGGUGAUCUGAGGGUUGAGGGGUUCUUAGUGACUCUGUUGCCAUGGACAGAUCACCACCUGAUCAGGUUCAGACUUUGUGCCCUCGGUAACCUUUGCAGGGGUGAAGGGCCGACUAAGAUGGCCCGCCCCCGGAGACUUAUGGACCCAGAUGGUUUCCUGAAUGCUCUGAGGCGUGUUCCCAACAUGGCUGGCGCUACUGCCGAAGCCCUGGUCAAUCUCUGGAAUACAGAGGUGACCCGGGCAGUGGACACUAUUGCUCCAAAGCCCCCUCUCCCACCAGGAAGGCCCGUAAUACACCUUGGUUUACUCGAACUUUGGGCCUGAUGAAAUGGCAGGGACAACGGCUACAGCAAUGAUAGAGAUAAACUCAGUCUGUUUCUGACCGAACACAGGCUAGAGCUCAUUUUUGAGCCUAUCAUGUGGCGGUGAUGGCAGCAAAGAAAGUUCAUUUCUCUGCCACCAUUGCGUCUGCUCAGUGUCGUCCAGUGAUGCUUUUCCGGGUGGUCCGGGGUCUUUUGGGCUCGGGCCCUACAUGAGACUCUGAGCCCUCAGUCGCUUGUUGUGACAUGUUUGCAAGGCACUUUGCAGAUAAAAUUGCUCGCAUCCAGACUGACUUAGACUCCUCAUUAACUACAGUUGUGCCAGAUGUCUCUGAGGCUUCCUCUGGUCGCCUUUCUACGAAUACUUUUCAGCUUGUAAAGCCUGAGGAUGUGGACAGGACUCUGGGAGAAAUGAGGGCCACUCCCUGCUCACUUGACCCUUGCCCAUCCUGGCUAAUUGAAUCUGCCAGAUUGGGCGUGGCUGGCUGGCUGGCAUAUAUGAUUAACAGUUCCCUAAGGGAAGGUUCUAUGCCAACUUUGUUGAAGGAGGCUGUGAUUAGACCGUUGUUAAAAAAGCCUUCGUUAGAUCCUGCGGAUCUUAACAACUUUUGACCAGUCUCUAAUCUUCCCUUUCUUGGCAACGUGAUAGAGAGGGUGGUGGCUGCUUCCUGGAUGAAUUGGAUUAUCUAGACCCUUUUCAAUCGGGCUUCAGGCCUGGUCAUGGGACAGAGACUGCCCUGGUCGCUCUGCUUGAUGACCUAUGGUGGGCAUCAGACAGGGGGAGUGCAUCCGUUGGCGCUGCUGAACCUCUUGGCGGCCUUUGAUACCAUCAGUCAUGGUAUCCUUCUGAGCCGUCUUGCUGGGAUGGGUCUAAGAGGCACUGUUUUACAGUGGCUCCGUUCCUACCUGAUGGACAGGACCCAGAAAGCGGCGCUGGGAGACUACUGCUUGACCCCCUGGCCAUUGGCCUAUGGGGUACCACAGGGUUCCAUUCUGUCUCCCAUGCUCUUUAACAUUUGUAUGAAACCACUGGGAGAGGUCAUCUGGAGCAGCCAGAAUGUUAACUGGAGCACGGCGCAGGGAGCAUAUAUGACCCCUGCGCUUUAUCGACGCCAUUAGCUCCCAAUUUCUUCCCUGGGCCAAUUCAAAGUGCUGGUUUUGACCUUUAAAGCUGUAAAUGACCUUGGACCAGUGUACCUGAGGGACCAUUUACGUCCAUAUGUUCCUGCCCUGGAUUUAAGAUCUUCUGCCUCUGGUCUCCUCUGCGUGCCUGGAAUGAAAGAUGUUAGACUGACAGGCAUGUGGGAGAGAGCCUUUUCAAUUGUGGCUCCCAGGCUUUGGAAUUCCCUGCCUCAAGAAGCCUGUUUUGCUGCCUCCCUGAUGGUUUUCCGGAAACUUGUGAAAACUAUCUUGUUCCCGAGUACCAUUGGGAAGAACUGAUGGGUGAGCCUGACACUGUUUUUACGCUUUUUAAAAAAAUUUUUUAUCUUCAUUUACAUGUUAUCUUUUGAGUCCUUUUACCAUCACUCUCCCAUA